AUGAACCCUGGGUCAUCUCUGCGUGCGCUGCGUGCCCCUCUCCGCCGCACCGCGUACCCGUACCGCGCGAUCUCGGUCUCUGCGCGCCGCUUCAACGAGGCUAAGGAGGAGGCCAAGGACAAGAAGGACGACAAGAAGGACGACAAGAAGGACGAGAAGAAGCGCGGAUGGGACGACAGCGCCGCCCCGCCCCAGAGCCCGUUCAAGGUGUUCCUUCGUGUGUUCAAGGAGGAGAUUGACAAGAACCAGGGCUGGCAGCAGAAUGUUGCGCAGCUCCAGGGCGAUGUCGACAAGAUGGCCGACAGUGAGGCGAUGAAGAAGGCUCGCGAGAUGUACGAGCGGACGAGGAUCACCAACAUGAUGAAGGAGAACCCGCGCCUGGCCGCCGCCGUGGAGGACCUGAAGAAGGCCGGUGUGAGCGUCAACGACGCCGUCUCGCGUGCGCUCCAGGACUCGGAGGUGCUCAGGGCGAUUGCACGCGUGUCCAACUCCGUUGCCAUGUUUGCCGACCACGCGACGGCGCCGAUCCGUGACACUGAGGUCUACAAGACCAUUGCGGCGAGCGUCGAGGAGGCGUUUGACGACACGGCCGGCUCGCACCUCCGUUACGGCGGGUAUGUGGAGAAGGACGACCGCCGGAGGCGGCGAGAGGCGCGCCUCGUCAAGGCGGGGAAAACGACCAAGCGGGUGUCAGAGAACCCCGAAGCCGGCGAGGCGCUUGUUCUCUCGGACAAGCAGGACACAUCUUCGACGCGCUUCCAGUUCAUCAAGGACCACCCGACGUAUCAGCGCCUGCGUGAGCAGUACGAAGACUCUGAGAACCCUGCCGUCGAGACGUUCCGCUCAAUGGCAUCAACGAUCGGCGGAUGGUUUGACGAGAACGAGACGGCAAAGGUCAUCCGCACGAUUCGCGAGAUGGACCCCGACUUUACAAUGGACGGCUUCACCCGCGAGCUGCGCGAGUACAUUGUCCCCGAGGUUGUCGACGCCUACCUCACGGCGGACCGGGAGAGCCUCAGGCAGUGGUGCGGUGAAGCGACGUUUAACGUCCUCUGGGCAACGAUGGGGCAGUACAUCAAGCAGGGGCUUGUGUCCGACUCGCGCGUCCUUGACAUCAAGCACGUCGACAUUGCGCAGGGCAAGUUGCUCGACAACGACGUGCCCGUCUUUGUUGUGAGCUUUGCAUCCCAGGAGAUCCUCCUCUUCCGCUCGGCCAAGACUGGCGAGGCCGUGGUUGGCGACGAGAACGCCGUCGAGGCAUGCCGCUACGCCAUGGUCCUGACUCGCGUGCCGACCGAGCUCGACAACGAGCUCACUGGCGGCUGGAAGGUUGUCGAGAUGGCGCGCCGUGGCGCCCGUAGCUUCUUGUAG